UGAUGUGCACAGUACGCGCCGAAGGACAGACAGACCGAGGCGCUAUGCUCCACCCCACCAAUGUCUGUUUGCGACCAGACGUAUGGUCUGUCCGUUGGCCGAGGGUCGUUCAACUUCACACCCGGAGGUUGGACACACGUCAAGCAAACCGUGUGGCUGAACACCCCUGGACAGCAGGACGGCGGCUUCGUUCUGGAGGUCGACGGCCGCGAAGUUAUCAAUCGCGACGACGUCUUCUACCGAGAUGUGGCUUCAGCGACACCAAACCCUGAUGACGAUUCAGGGGACGACGGAGCCGACGAUCCUGACUAUGAUGACCCUGACGGUGACGAUUCGGAUGGCGGCUCGGAAGGAGACAGCUCUGGCGGAGACGACGGUAGCUCUGGUGGGUCCGGAGACGACAUGAGCCCUCCGUCGGAUGCUCCCGACACGCCUGAUGUUCCACCUACGGCCGACCCGUCUCCGGCCCCUGCGCCUGAGCCCUCACCAAUGCCUGCCGCACCACAGCCCUCGCCACCUUCUCAAGCACCUCCAGCGCCACCUCCAGCACAAAAUCCUGGACUUGGAGGACUUCUUGGUCCGCUUAGUCCAUUGCUCAAUGGCCUCGGUUCAACGCUUCCGUUGAAAAGGCAAGAGGCUGUGUACAUACCCUAUGCUUUUGUUGGUCUUCCUGCUUCCGCACCACCAGGGAGCGCGCCUGCAGAUAUCGCCAGCACCCAAACAGAUACUUCAACCGCGACAACGACGCCGGCAACAUCAACGCAGACGGUGUAUUUCCAGACGACCAGUACGACUACAACAUAUGUAGUGGAGGCCACGUCCGUGAGCAACCCGGUGCAGGUACUCAGCCAGGACCCACAACCGAUCGGGUUCUCUGGUUUGUUUUUCAGGUGAGCUCGAUAA